GUCGGCAAAGCGGCUGCACUUCCGCGUCGCUGUUGUGUUCAGUUGUGAUUGGAAGUGCAGUCCACUGAGCCACACACAGACUAAUGGAAGAACAGGGGUUCAUAUUUUCUGUCACCCUUAAAUCGAUUUUAUAGGUGUGUCUUUUUUUUUUUUUCUCAGGACUUCAGAAUAUCAAGGGGGAAACCCAAAGCACAGCGUGCUAGCUAGCUGUUAGCUAGCCACUUUGACUGGUGGUCUGUCAGUGGCUGAGGGGUGACUUAUGGAAAAUGGAUUUCCUCUGUGAAAUAGUUCAGGCCUUGGUUGCACUGGCAGCUCUAGGUUUGAUUGUGGUGUUCAUAAUAGCCCACGUCACUGCAGGGAUGGUUAACCUGACACGCCAUGAGAAGGAGAAGUACUUUCUCACCGCCACAGGGGAGAAGGAGAAGUUUCCUAGUCUGCAUGAUCCCUACUCCAGAGAACUCUCUGUGGUGAUCCCAGCAUAUAAUGAAGAGCUCAGAAUGCCUGUGAUGCUGGAUGAAGCUAUGGGGUACUUGGAAAAUAGACAGAAACAGAACCCUUCUUUUACCUAUGAGGUCAUUGUGGUUGACGAUGGCAGUAAAGACAAAACCACUGAGGUUGCAAUGCAGUACACAAGGAAGUAUGGUGCAGAUAAAGUACGAGUCCUGACACUGGUGAAAAACAGGGGGAAAGGAGGAGCUGUUCGGAUGGGAACUCUGAGCUCCAGAGGGAAACUCAUCCUGAUGGCAGAUGCUGACGGAGCCACAAAGUUUUGUGACAUUGAGAAAGUGGAGGCAGGACUUAAUGAGGUUAACUCUAAACCGGAUAACUUGGCCAUAUCCUGUGGUUCUCGAGCUCACCUUGAGAAGGACUCGGUCGCACAGCGGUCUAUGUUUCGCACAUUCCUGAUGUAUGGUUUUCACUUCCUGGUGUGGUUCUUUUGUGUGAGAGGCAUCAAGGACACACAGUGCGGCUUCAAGCUUUUCACUCGUGAGGCUGCACUCAAAACCUUUUCUUCUCUUCAUGUUGAGCGAUGGGCUUUUGACGUGGAGCUCCUGUACAUUGCCCAGUGCUUUGAAAUUCCUAUAGCAGAGGUGGCAGUAAACUGGACUGAAAUAGAAGGGUCUAAACUGGUCCCGUUUUGGAGCUGGCUGCAGAUGGGACGGGACCUGGUUUUCAUCCGUCUACGCUACAUCACUGGUGCCUGGAAGCUGCAGUCGCCACAAAAGACCGACUAACCAACCAGACAAGCCUUGGUGUCGUAGAGCUCCUCUGACGGGGCCUUCAUACCUCGAGAUGAGGCGGUAUUAACAGCUGUGUCAGUCACCGUAACAAAGAACAAAGCAGAGAACCUUUCACAUGUUAUUACUCGCCAAAGUGUAAUUGGAUGUGAAGUAACGGCACAGCUGUGGGCUCCUCAUGGUCUGACUGAUUUUACUCAGAUGUUGGCUUGUGAUGGUCACAGUUACAUGCACAUUUCUGUUGCUGUGGUUUACAGGAAAUCUGUAUGACUGAUGUACUGAGUUACUUUUGUUUGUUUAUCUUUUGGCCAAUCAAAUGUAAGUGAUGAAAUGUGAAGGAUGUUGAUGUUUGUCAGGAUUCUGACAUGUAGGAUGAAUGUUAUUCAAAAGGGAUGGGUUGUAUUUUUGAGGAUUUGUAUUUAGAGGUGGCUAUGAGUUGGUGCUCUGGAUCACUUGAGCCAAAAUUAAAGAAAGAACAUAUAUCCAUGUUUUCCAGUUGAUAAGCAGAAAAGUAUAAAAUGAAGAAAAACCCAUAAAGAUAUUUUAUUCAAUUUUCUUUCCCUGAGGCUUAACAGAAAACCUUAUGCAGUCAGUUACCAUAAAAGCAUGAUUGCUUCGUUUUUAGAUGUGAUCGCGCACAACAACAUGACCCUGAUCAUAUAAAGAAAGUAAAUGAUGAAUUCAAUUCUGAAAGCAGCAGGAAACCGACAGAGACAGCUCGGCAUCUUAUUUAUUUUAUUGUACAUUAAUUCACAUAGCUGUAAAUGCACCAGAGUUUGCCUAAUGGCUAUUUUUCAUCUGCAGUCCCUGGACAGAUGUUGAAUUAUCACCCUAAAAGGUAGCACAAGGUUAUAAACAUACAAUU